AGCUGACAGUCGGGCUCGGCGGCCGCCGCGGGCGCAUUCACCGGGCAGCGCCCGCCGCCGCUCCUGCCCGGCGCCCACCUGCGGCGGCGGCUGCCCCGGGGGGCUGGGGGGGGCUGCCGCCGCCGGCUCGGCUCGCUCUUCCCCUGCCUGCCCUCCAGGAUGAGCCCGGAGUAUUUCCUGCGCUCCUUGCUGCUCAUCAUCCUCGCCACCUUCUCGGCCAACGCCAGCAACUGGCUGUACCUGGCGAAGCUGUCUUCAGUGGGGAGCAUCUCCGAGGAGGAGACCUGCGAGAAGCUGAAGGGCUUGAUCCAGCGCCAGGUGCAGAUGUGCAAGAGGAACCUGGAGGUGAUGGACUCGGUGCGGCGUGGAGCCCAGCUGGCCAUCGAGGAGUGCCAGUACCAGUUCCGCAACCGCCGCUGGAACUGCUCCACGCUGGACACCCUGCCCGUCUUCGGCAAAGUGGUAACACAAGGGACGCGAGAGGCAGCAUUCGUCUAUGCCAUCUCUUCGGCAGGGGUGGCCUUCGCAGUGACCCGAGCCUGCAGCAGCGGCGAGCUGGACAAGUGUGGAUGUGACCGCACGGUGCAGGGGGGCAGCCCACAGGGCUUCCAGUGGUCAGGCUGCUCUGAUAACAUCGCCUACGGCGUCGCCUUCUCACAGUCCUUCGUCGACGUCCGCGAAAGGAGCAAAGGGGCUUCUUCCAACAGAGCGUUAAUGAACCUCCACAACAACGAGGCAGGGAGGAAGGCGAUCCUGAACAACAUGCGAGUGGAGUGCAAGUGUCACGGCGUGUCAGGCUCGUGUGAGUUCAAGACGUGCUGGAAAGCCAUGCCCCCCUUCCGCAAAGUGGGCAAUGUCCUGAAGGAAAAAUUCGACGGUGCCACAGAGGUCGAGCAGAGCGAGAUCGGAUCCACCAAAGUGCUGGUGCCCAAAAACUCCCAGUUCAAGCCACACACAGACGAGGACCUCGUCUACCUGGACUCCAGUCCCGACUUCUGUGACCACGACCUCAAGAACGGGGUGCUGGGCACCAGUGGCCGGCAGUGCAACAAGACCUCCAAGGCCAUUGAUGGCUGCGAGCUGAUGUGUUGCGGCCGGGGCUUUCAUACGGACGAAGUGGAGGUUGUGGAAAGGUGCAGUUGCAAAUUCCACUGGUGCUGCUCCGUCAAGUGCAAACCCUGCCAUCGGGUGGUGGAAAUCCAUACGUGCCGGUGAUGCACAGAGAGGAGCGCCCAUCCAUCCCCCUCUCUAACUGACCCUGCUUCUCCCUUGCCCCACGGCCAGGACUGAGGAAGUAACCCAGACGCUGCAGGGAGAGCGCAGCUCUUUACAGAGACAGAGCCCCAGAAGAAAACAGAUUUUAAAGAAAAAAAAAUAUUUAAAGUUUCAAAAAACUGAUCAUUGUUGGCUUUUUUGUUUUGUUUUGUUUGCUUGCUUUAUUUAUUGCUGAAACCAGAGCCCCUCAGUGUCCUGCGCCAGCAGGCCCGUGUCUGCUCUCGGUGGCUGGCUGGGGACCUGCGUGAUGCCUGCUCUCAUCGGAUGAGUUCCUGCUGACUCCAGAGCAUUGCAAACGGGAGGUGUGUAAGCCGAGGCUAGUGUUAGGUGCUCGGUAUCUUCUAUCGCAGUUAUUUUUAUUUGUUUAAGGCAUGCGCUGAGCAUCCCAGAGCACUGCUUGCCUUGGCUGAGCCUCAGGAGGGGAUGGAGCGCAGCCAGCAUCUGCAGCCAGGUGCAUUGCAGAGGAUGGGCAGAUGGUGACAGGGUGGCAAUGUCCCCAGGAGUUAAGCUCAAUGCAAGGAGAGCCCCGCCAGGGUGAUCAGUAUAUGAGGGGGACGUGGGACACUCUUGCAUCCCACCGUUGUGGGAUGCUCGAUGGCCUCCUGGGCACUGGAUGGAUUUUGGAGCAGCUUCAGUGGCCACUCUGAUUUACAGAAGCUCCUCAGCAGCUGCCCAGGGCUGUCAGAGGAUGCA